UAUGAGUAGAUAAUACUGGGACACAUUUUACAUCACAUACUAAGUCUCUUAACAGUCUUCAUAAACUGUCCGACUAUAAUUUAUUUCAUAGUGAUAGCAAUCUGACUGAAGAAAGGAAUGUUUGAAGCCAAAGGCUUCUUUCGAGCUUUUAUAUUGAUGUUUACUCUGAAAAAAACAGUCGGAUAGCUAGCUUUUGUGCAUGUCUCUCUCAUCGUGAAACUAACAUUCCCACCAAGAGAUACUUUUAUUCAUCCUAGUCCCUGCACAUGAAAGGAAUCAUUUUUGGUACACCUCUACAGUAUAAUAAUUUGUUGGGCUACUCAAAUUUUAUAUCAUUCAAGUGGUAAUUAUUUUGAAAGUAAAAUACCUUUACAAACUCCUUCAACAUGACUUCUCCAUCCUCUGUAGAUGUAGGUUCUUUAAAACCAGGAUACGUUCAAACAUUCCAUUCAGUUGCGCCUUCACCAAAAAUUGAUUCUCUUAAAUGGUUCAAUAAGAAAAGAUACCUGUUUUCCUGCACUGUAAUGGAGGAGGAACUAUCAUGUCCUGUUUGUCUGGAGCUCUUUGCUGAUCCUUUACUGUUGCCUUGUUCACACAGCAUAUGCAAAAAAUGUUUGCAAGAUUUAGUAGCAUCUGACGGCGAAAUUGGACGAGAAGAGACUCGCUGUCCAACCUGUCGAAAUCCCUUGCUUUUAUCAGAAAAUAACAUUGAUACAUUACCACGAAAUUUGGCUUUGGAAAACAUAGUAAUUCGGUUUCAAGAAAUCUGUAGCAAUUCUUUGAUGAAAAGCAAAAGCCAUAAUUUAUCUUCAAAAUCACAAUUUCUUUUAAAUAAAGAUCUGAAUGUUCCAGGAAUUUCGGAAGAAUCUAAAGAAUUUUGCGAAUUAUGUGAAGGUAAAUUUUGUGCCAAGGCUGAAUGGUUUUGUCAACAAUGUACAGUGCUUUAUUGUCAGGAUUGUUUAGACAAAUUUCAUCCCCGCAGGGGAUCACUGAGUCACCACCGGAUUUGUAAAGCUCUUAAAAGUACAAUUGAAAACAAGCCAAUAUUUUGUGGUGACCAUAAGUCUGAAAUGACCAGUGUUUUUUGUGAUUCUUGUAAGACUUUGGCAUGUCCUCUCUGUGUUUGUGAUGGCAUUGGCAAACAUGCUGGACAUAUGAUACUCACUAAAGAUGUAGCUUCAGAACAAAUAAAGGAGUUUGUUCAGAAAACAAAAGGACAUUUAGAUAAGAUACUCAGGGAAAUUUUGGCCCAAACCUCAAAAUUGGAAGAGACGAAAGAUGAAAUUAAGCAUUUGCAUGAUGAGGCAUCAAAAAGGGUUUCGGAACAGUAUCAACACAUACUUAAUGAUAUUAUUGCUGUACUCAGUCAGCAGAAGGGAGCUCAUCUCAAUAACCUCAAUGAAAUAAAAUCAAAAGCUAUAGCAUCACUUGAAUUACAUUUAAAUAAUAGCACGAAGAGGACAAGGUCAAUAGAUGAAAUGGUUGAGGGUUGUAAAAGAAUAGCAAAUGAACAAAGUCAAAGAGAAUUAUUAGAACAAGCAUCUGACAUUUUCACACUUCAGGCUCAAGAAAUGGAACUGACAAAUGAGUUGAAACAGAUGGAAUCUUUUUACCAGGAGCUUAUCAUUGAAAAGUCUGCUCAGCAAUGCCUCCGAUCUGUUGUAACUCGCUUUCGAAAAACAACCUUUGAUGAUUUGAAAAUUUUUCUUGAUGAUGAUAAAAGCAAAUGUGACCAUAUUGUACCUAUGAUGCAGGCGUCACCAACCCCAAGCAAACUAAGUGGUGUUCGAGUGCAGAAUAAAUGUCUAAUGACAUGGGGAUUUAAUUCUACAACAUUCACUGCAGAAGCGCUAAAUGGUAAUGCAUUUUGGUCAGUAAACUUGGAAUGUAAUUCUUCUCAUACGGGUGAUCUUGUGUCAAACUACGUAUUUGGAGUUGGAAUAGCAUCUGAACGCUUAUGUUACAAAGACCAAGUUGGAUUUCAUGAGAAGUCCAUUGGCAUAAUUUGUAGCUCUGGCUCUUUCCAAUUCUGUAAGAAUGGAGCCUCAGAGUUUCUCAUGGCAUUACAAAAACCUCCACUAACAAUUACAAUUUUUGUACGUUUUGAUUAUGAAAACCUGAUUGUCUUUGGAUACAAAUUAGCUAAUAGCAGCUGGGAUAAUAUUUUGUCAGGGAAAAAGCUUAUAAAAGAUCUUUCAACUGCUGAAAAUCUUUAUCCUGUAUUUACGGUUAGUCAAAAAGUGAAGAUGACUUUUUCUAGAAAUGUUUGACCAUUGAUAUUUUUAAUAUAUAUUUAAUCUCUUAUUUUGUUUAUGAUAUUUGUUAUAAACUGCUGGUUUUAUAUCUUACACACACACAAACAUAAAAUUUUUAAGUCAUCAAUAAAUAACCGUUUCUUAUGCGUCAUAUAUUUUAAUGUGUAAAGAAUAUCUGCAUUGUGUAAGGCGGCGAGCUGGUAGAAAAGUUAGCAUGUGAGGCAAAAUGCUUAGCGGUAUUUUGUCUGUCUUUAUGUUCUAGGUUCAAAUUCCGCCGAAGUUGACUUUGCCUUUCAUCCUUUCAGAGUCGAUAAAUUAAGUACCAGUUGCAUACUGGGGUCAAUCUAAUCGACUGGGCCUCUCCCCAAAAAUUUUGGGCUUUGUGCCUAGUAUAGAAAAGAAUAUCUGCAUUGUUUACAACAUUAAUUAAAACGGCCAUUAAUUAUUAUUUCUUAGUCUCAAAGUCAAGAUAACUUCUUGCCUCAAAAAAGUCAUGGCCAUUGCUUCCUCACCUGGCUGUCAAAGAAAAGAAGAAAAAAAAAAACAGAUUUCUGAAUAUCACCUGCAUCCUUGCUAAUCUGAGAGGACUGAUUCAGAUCAUGGAUGCUGCUUCACCAACAUAGAGUGAAUGUCCACACGUCUCUCUAAUUUGUUUGUUUGGAUUUUGCAAGUCAGUAUAAAAUCCCAAAUUAGGUUGACCAAUGUUCCAUAAUCUGUAAUAUUCUUUAUUAAGCUGUGUAAACAGUUUUCUUUGACUUCUCUCCACUGACUACCAGUAGUGAUAUAUAUAUAUAUGAUGAUAUAUAUAUAUAAUAUAUAUAUAUAUAUAUAUAUAUGAUACAGAAAUAAAUUUAUUUCUCAAACGAGUGAUAAUGC